AUGAAUAUAUCUUCUAUGUUAACAGAUGAUGGAUUAGUUAACGAUACUAAUGGUCAUGAAUCCACAGAUUCCAAGGAUGCAUUGAAAUGGUUCAAUAUCGACGAUGGCGAUGUCACCCAUGGAUUAAACCCUCAAUAUAUCAAGAACUAUCAACAUAAACUCAACCAUAUGAACCAUAUUGAUAAUUAUCUUAUCAAAAUGAAUAAUUUAUCACUGUUAGACACUGAAGUGAAAUUUCAAACCACCGAUGAAUUUAGUGAUUAUAACAUCCACAAGAUGUUAUUAGAUAAGAAGACACAAAUCUUAGGCCAUUUCAAAGGAACCAAUCAUCAAGAUUUCAUCAGUAGUACAAGAAAGGGUAAGAUAACCAAACCACCCAAAGAUUUAUUCCUUAAAAAAGAUAAGAAAGUCCAACCAAGGAAGAGAAAGGUGGAAGAGAAAGAAUUAACUCCUAUAGAUUUCGAUAUGUUUGAUGGUAAGAAACGUAGUGAUAAAGAAGAGAAACUUAUACAGAAACAAUAUGAUAACACGGUAAUAUCAAUAUGGAAAGAUUUAUCACGGAAGGAUGGACCUAAAGCCAGUAGAUUACUUCAACAAUCUACUCAAGCCAAACUUAUAAAUCUUCGUAAAACCAGUAUUUUGGCAGCAAGAGAAGCUAAAAGAUGGCAACUUAGGAAUAAUAAGAACCAGAAAGAUUUGAGUUCCAAAUCCAGAAGAGCUAUGAGAGAAAUGUUCAAUUUCUGGAAGAGAAAUGAAAGAAUUGAAAGAGAAUUACGUAAGAAACACGAAAAGGAAAUCCUUGAUAAGGCAAAGAAGGAAGAAGAAGAAAGAGAAGCUAAGAGACAAUCAAGGAAAUUGAAUUUCUUAAUCACCCAAACUGAAUUAUAUAGUCAUUUCAUUGGUAAGAAGAUUAAGACUGAAGAAAUUGAAGGUGAAGAUAGUGAUCCUAACUUGAAAUUGAAUAAUAACCAUAAAGGAUAUGAUGAAUUUAAUGAUAUUAAUACCGAAGGUACCACCGAUUUCAAAUCUAUUGAUUUUGAUAAUGAAGAUGAAGAGACUUUGAAACGUCAAGCUGCCAUGAAUGCACAAAAGGCAUUAGAAACUGCUCAAUCUAAAGCUAAACAGUUCAAUGAAAAGGAAGAUGAUUUCAAGAACCCUGAUACUAACGGUGAAGAAAUGAAUUUUCAGAACCCUACAUUAUUGGGAGAUAUCAAUAUUACCCAACCAAAAAUGCUUAAAUGUACUUUGAAAGAAUAUCAAAUCAAAGGUCUUAAUUGGUUAGCCAAUCUUUACGAACAAGGGAUUAAUGGGAUCCUUGCUGAUGAAAUGGGGCUCGGAAAAACCGUUCAAAGUAUUUCGGUAUUAUCAUAUUUAGCAGAAACUCAUAAUAUUUGGGGUCCAUUUUUAGUUGUCACUCCAGCAUCAACUUUACAUAAUUGGCAACAAGAAAUUACCAAAUUCGUACCUAACUUUAAAGUAUUACCUUAUUGGGGGAAUGCUAAAGAUCGUAAAAUCUUAAGAAAAUUCUGGGAUAGAAAGAAUUAUAGAUAUACCAAAGAUGCUCCAUUUCAUGUUUUAGUUACAAGUUAUCAAUUGGUGGUAGCUGAUGCUGCAUAUUUCCAGAAGAUGAAAUGGCAAUAUAUGAUUCUAGAUGAAGCACAAGCCAUUAAAUCAUCACAAUCAUCUCGUUGGAAGUCUUUACUUUCAUUUAAUUGUCGUAAUAGACUUUUGUUAACCGGUACUCCGAUCCAGAAUUCCAUGCAGGAAUUAUGGGCUUUAUUACAUUUCAUUAUGCCUUCAUUAUUUGAUUCUCAUGAUGAAUUUAGUGAUUGGUUCUCAAAAGAUAUCGAAAGUCAUGCUCAAUCAAACACUCAAUUGAAUGAACAACAGUUGAAAAGAUUACAUGUUAUAUUGAAACCUUUCAUGUUAAGAAGAAUUAAAAAGAAUGUUCAAAGUGAAUUGGGUGAUAAAGUUGAAAUUGAUUUAUUCUGUGAUUUAACUAAUCGUCAAAAGAAAUAUUAUAAAAUGUUAAAAUCCCAAAUAUCUUUAUCGGAUUUAUUGGAUACGGUGAAUUCUAAUUCCGGUGAUGAAUCAACUCAAUCUUUGAUUAAUUUGGUUAUGCAAUUCCGUAAAGUUUGUAAUCAUCCGGAUUUAUUUGAAAGAGCCGAUGUUAAAUCAUCUUUCAGUUUCUCUUCAUUUGCUGAUACUGUUAGUUUUAUGAGAGAAUCCAAUGAUUUGGAAUUAUAUUAUACUUCAAAGAAUCAUAUUCAUUAUAAUUUACCAAGGUUGAUUUUUGAUGAAUUGUUAACCCCUCAUUAUAAUAACGAUAAGAAUUCCAGCAUUUAUGAGAUGUUCAAUAUUUAUAAUCAACCACAAGAUGAUUUCUCAUGGUUGAGAUUAGUUGAUAGUACUAAGAAUCAACUCAAUGAACUUAUGCAUCAAGAUGUUCUUACUAGAGCUAUCAAUAAUCAACAAUAUACUGACAUCAACUAUUCCAAGUAUAACAGACUUAAUUAUGUUUAUGAUGGAGAAUAUCAACCACCAAGUCUUUUGAUAACGGAAUUUAAUAAUAAUUUCUGCACCGUUUCUAAUUCCGCAGUGUUAUCGGAUAUGUUUUCCGUAAAAGGAAAUUUUUAUGCCGAUAAUAAUAUCAAUGUUUUACCUCCAGCAGCUGAACCAAUUGCUUGUGCUCCACCAAUCUUUGUUGAUUGUAAUCAUCCAAGUCUUAAUAAUGAUAUGGAACAAACACUUUUCAAUACAAAAAUUCGUUCAAGUUUGAUGCCAUUAUCAUUGACUAAUGAAUGGGAAUUAAGUAAUAAUCAAAUUCCUUUGACUGAUUAUCCUAAAUCAAAUAUGUUACCUUCAGAACUCAAUAAAUGGAUAGAUUAUUCCAAUAUUAGAAUGCCUUCGAUGAAUAGAUUCAUUACCGAAUCAGGAAAAUUAGCUAAACUUGAUGAAUUGUUAGUUGAUUUGAAACAAAAUGAUCAUAGAGUUUUGGUUUAUUUCCAAAUGACCAAAAUGAUGGAUUUAAUGGAAGAAUAUUUAACUUAUAGACAAUAUAGUUAUAUUAGAUUGGAUGGAUCAUCAAAAUUGGAUGAUAGAAGAGAUUUGGUCCAUGAUUGGCAAAAUAAACCCGAAAUUUUCAUCUUUUUAUUAAGUACCAGAGCUGGUGGAUUGGGUAUUAAUUUGACAGCUGCAGAUACUGUGGUUUUCUAUGAUUCAGAUUGGAAUCCAACCAUUGAUUCUCAAGCUAUGGAUAGAGCUCAUAGAUUGGGUCAAACUAAACAAGUGACGGUUUAUAGAUUAUUAACUAGAAACACCAUUGAAGAAAGAAUGAGAGAUAGAGCCAAACAAAAGGAACAAGUUCAACAAGUGGUGAUGGAAGGUAAAGCUAGUAAGAAAGAAGAAAGUCAAAAUAAGAAGAAAGAUGUAGCUUAUUUAUUAUUGGGAGAUGAUGAAAAAGAUAUGAAAUCGGAAUCGGAAUCAGUAACGGUAUCGAGACCAGAGUCAAGACCAGAGUCGAGGGCAGAAUCAGAGUCUAAAUCAAAUGGUUUAGAAGAUAUGUAUCAUGAAGGGGAAGGAGAGUUUUCUACUCCUUCAAAUUAA